GCCGUGAUCUUGUGAGGAGCCCCUUCAUAGGCAGUGGAGAAGAUGGGGCUCAGCUCGCGCCUGCCCCUACUUCCCCAUCACCAUCAACCGUCCUCAGCGUUCAGUGGCUCUGUGUCUCCCUGUCCCCUGGAUUCCCAUCUGCUCUGGCAGCCGUUCCAGGCCUCUGGUGCCAUAGCUAGGGAGGUGGUGUCCCUCCCUCCUGGGGCGGGAGCAGCCUCCACCAUUUCCCACUGAGAGCAGCCCGCUGGCACAAACGCUGCCAUGGGAGCAACGUCAUCUGCCUGCUUCCAGAUUUCAGUUCUUCGUGAGGAUCUGCAUCCCACAGGCACUGGUAGGCUCUGGGGCUCAAAGCCUUUCAAAAGUUGGGGAUGCCUGGUGGUUUUUCUUACUGGUGGCCUCCGUUUGCCACACAAUUGGUCCAUCACUCUGUGUGGGAGGAAGGGGCGUGAUGAGAACGAGGGAGAGGAGGCAGACAGGCACCCACGCUCUGCUGCUGCUGUCCUCUCCUGGGGCUGGGGGCCUGCACCCCGGGAAUAGAGCUUCUUGCAUGUCUCUCUUGGUACUAAGACCUUAAUGUGGCCGUUACCCAGUCCUGCGCUUUGGUCCACUCAUUCUGGCCCAGAAGCAGCGCCAGGCUGUCUUCUCAGACUCUGAACCCCUUGGUGUCUCUCUACUGUUCUCUUCUGUGACCUAGGCCUCAGUUAAGGACUUGAGCACCCAGCUGCUGGAGAGAGAGUAUCUUUCGGGCAAACCUGCCAGCUGGAACCAAUGGGAAAUGGGGAUGGCAUCAGGGAGGCCAGUGCUCCUGAGCUCAGUAUGGGCGCAAAGUCCACAGUGGGCAACAGAAGUGGGGGGACUCUCAUAUUUUCAAAACCUGUGCUCUGAGGCACAAGGCAGAGAGCAUUUCCACCUUCUCCCAGGGGCAGGGUUAAGCAGCAGUGACUGUGGGUGGCAGAUAAUCGCUGGGUUCUGAUUAGAAAUCUUGAGGAAAAUGUUGGUAUCUGCCCAGACUCCAGCCCCAAGUGGCAGAGGGUGCUGGAGGCGGAGGAUAAGGAGGGAGAUGUCGUCUGCUGGCUGAUAAGCAGGCACAGCAGCUACUCAGAAAAGAUGGGAGAGGAGGCCAACGAUGACAAGAAGCCAACAACUAAAUUUGAACUCGAGAGAGAAACAGAACUUCGCUUUGAGGUGGAGGCAUCUCAGUCAGUUCAGUUGGAGUUGCUGGCUGGCAUGGCAGAAAUCUUUGGCACAGAGCUGACCCGAAACAAGAAAUUCACCUUUGAUGCUGGUGCCAAGGUGGCUGUUUUCACUUGGCACGGCUGUUCCCUUCAGCUCAGUGGUCGCACUGAGGUGGCUUACGUCUCCAAGGACACUCCUAUGUUACUUUAUCUCAACACUCAUACAGCCUUGGAGCAGAUGCGGAGGCAGGCAGAGAAGGAAGAAGAGCGAGGACCACGGGUGAUGGUAGUGGGCCCCACUGAUGUGGGCAAAUCCACAGUGUGCCGUCUACUGCUCAACUAUGCAGUGCGUUUGGGCCGCCGUCCUACCUACGUGGAGCUAGAUGUGGGUCAGGGCUCUGUAUCCAUCCCUGGUACCAUGGGAGCCCUCUACAUUGAGCGGCCGGCAGAUGUUGAAGAGGGAUUCUCUAUCCAGGCCCCUCUAGUGUAUCAUUUUGGCUCCACCACUCCUGGGACCAACAUCAAGCUUUAUAAUAAGAUUACUUCUCGUUUAGCAGACGUGUUCAAUCAAAGGUGUGAAGUGAACCGAAGGGCCUCUGUGAGUGGCUGUGUCAUUAAUACCUGUGGCUGGGUCAAGGGCUCUGGUUACCAGGCCCUGGUGCAUGCAGCCUCAGCCUUUGAGGUGGAUGUGGUUGUGGUUCUGGAUCAAGAACGACUGUACAAUGAGUUGAAGAGGGAUCUGCCUCACUUUGUCCGAACCGUGCUGCUCCCUAAAUCAGGGGGUGUUGUUGAGCGCUCCAAGGACUUCAGGCGGGAAUGUCGGGAUGAGCGUAUCCGUGAGUAUUUCUAUGGAUUCCGGGGCUGUUUCUAUCCCCAUGCCUUCAAUGUCAAGUUUUCAGAUGUGAAGAUCUACAAAGUUGGGGCACCCACCAUUCCAGACUCCUGUUUGCCUUUGGGCAUGUCUCAGGAGGACAAUCAGCUCAAGCUAGUACCUGUCACGCCUGGCCGAGAUAUGGUGCACCACCUCCUGAGUGUUAGUACUGCUGAGGGCACAGAGGAGAACCUUUCUGAGACAAGUGUGGCUGGCUUCAUUGUGGUGACCAGUGUGGACCUGGAGCAUCAGGUGUUUACAGUCCUCUCUCCAGCCCCCCGCCCACUGCCUAAAAACUUCCUUCUCAUCAUGGAUAUCCGGUUCAUGGAUCUUAAGUAGAGAUCAGCAGGGAGGCGGGGAGCCUUGCUGCCUAGGGCAUAGAGAUCUUUAGGCCAUCACCAAAGGCAGAUGGGUGAGGUAUAAGAAUCUAUUGAGGCCAGGCUGAUUAGUAAAUGCACUAACAGAAAGCAUGUAGUUGACCUCUUAAAACCUCCUCUAAUCUUGGGCCAAAAGGAAAACCAUGAGAAUAUAAUUGGUUUCUUAGCUCACCUAAAGUGCCACUUUUAAAGUCCCUAAAGAAUCCUGUUUCUUUCACUGUGCUACUGUGUGGACUGAUUUUUAGGAGGGAUUUUUAAAAUCACUUUUAUAUUCUGUAUAUAGUGUUUGUUACUUAUCCACAAUGAAAGAGAGAAUUAGAAGGACUCCUUCCAAUAAAGUUCAAACUUGGAAAAGAACAAAUAUUUUAAUAAAUAUUUUAUUUUUGCCAUAUCACAGAAGUUGGUAUA